UUCUCCUGUUCAUGUCUCUAACCCAACUGACACGGCUACUCCUGUUUAUACUGCUACCCCUACCCACCCUAAUUCUCCUGUUCAUGUCUCUAACACAAAUGACACGGCUACUCCUGUUUAUACUGCUACCCCUACCGACCCUAAUUCUCCUGUUCAUGUCUCUAACCCAACUGACACGGCUACUCCUGUUUAUACUGCUACCCCUACCGACCCUAAUUCUCCUGUUCAUGUCUCUAACCCAACUGACACGGCUACUCCUGUUUAUACUGCUACCCUUACCGACCCUAAUUCUCCUGUUCAUGUCUCUAACCCAAUUAACACUGCUACUCCUGUUUAUACUGCUACCCCUACCGACCCUAAUUCUCCUGUUCAUGUCUCUAACCCUGCUGACCAUGCUACAUCUGUUAAUGUUGUAUUCAAAGGAUGGACAUAA